CUUCCUAGUUUGCGGUGGAUGUGGGAAGUCCACAUCUGUAAGCAUCUGAAACUUCACGGAAAAAGCACAUUCAUGAGUAUGCUGUAUGAUAAUGAGCCCUUUCCCCCUCAAGAUGAAACGUCAGAGAGGUUGAACACCUUGAUGGAUAAAAUGCACAUCGAUCCUAAGAUUGAAGAGUUUAUGAACUCUUCAGUGGGACGAUACCUGAGUGACCACCCAUUCAUUGCACUGACCUUACUGGUGUUUGCAGUAAUGGCCACAGUUCCUGUAGGACUUUUUCUUGGCUUUGGUCUUGUAACACUUGCUGCCACUACAAUGUCUAUUAUCUUUGUGGAGGUUUUCCUGCUGGCUGUGGGAGGGGCAACAUUACUAUGUGUUCUGGGAUGCCUUGCCAUUUUUGCGGUGUUUUUCUCGUUCUUCCUAACUGCCUGCUACAUUACUGUCUCCUGCAUACACAGGUUGUAUUACGGCAAACGCCCAUCUGAAAAGAGGAAGAGAUUCUCAAGGCCAAAAAUAGACUGAGACAAAGAACCUUCAAAUAAGAUGUUUAUCCACAACUCUACAAACAGGCACUGUUAAAUGAUCUAAUUUACAUUUAGAACACAUGUCUGUUCAAAAUGACCUAUUGUACAGGUAAGGUGUCAGUUUUAUCUCCCUGGGGAAGUCAUGGCUUUACAGUCAUCUAGCUUAACCAGUUGAGCUGCUGAAUAACACCUGUACUUCAGCCACUUCUCAGGCUUUUAACUGUAAUCUUAAAGCAGUCAAAACUAGUGAAUGUAAAAAUUAAUGAUGAUUGUGUUUCUUCAGUUGAUUAUUGGAUAGCAUUUAAAAUACUGUUUCAAGAUUUUCUUUCGUGUGCACAAUUCAACAUUGUUGUUCUUCCCCUUUUCAUGUUUCCUGUAAGGUCAACAGUUUGUGUUAUUACUUUAUCGUGUCAACUGCUUUUUAUUGGUCAUUAUUUAAAGAAUCUAAAAUUAACUGUGGUAAAAGACAACACUAUAUCAACAUAUUAGAUAUAUGGGCUCCCGAUUAUGUUAUUCGCCAAAACAUCUAAACUAACAUACUCUAUACAAGAGCAUUAUUCCGUGGGGAUUCACUGUGCCUUUUUGAGGGUCAACAUGUCAAUAUUGUUCAGAGGUCAGAGUGUUUUACUUCUGAAAAUAGAAAUGUGUAUAUCCUCAGUUCUUUUUGCCAAAAAAAAAAAAAAAUGCUGUCAGGUUUAGAUGUGCAAAGAUCCCCGUUACCUGUGAUAGAUAAUUUUGUUGGAGCUCUACAGAGGUCAUGUGCCAGUAACAUGAAGCCCCCAAAUAACAUGAUGUUUAUCAGACUAUUAUCAGUAAUAUGCAACAUGACUAAGCAUAAAUGUUAUAUCUCAGCUUUAUGUUUCCAAUGCUGCUUUGCACUGUUAACCACUUUAGGAUGGCAUUAUUGAGACAACAUUGUCCCAGUGAAAAGCUAUAUGCUGCACCUUAAACGGCAUUGCACUACUUGAAGCUAAGGGAUGCAGAUGAACACAUCCUGAAUGAUCCUUAUACAGAAAAAUGUUACCAUGUUAUCUAAAGGCAAUUGCCCUGUUUGCACUUUGCAAGGCCUUGUCGAAAGCUGUUUACUGUGUUCAGAUUUACUGUUAUACUUCUUGUUGUGAUCAUGUAUCAUGUAACGAAUACUGUAUAUUUUGUUACACUCUAGAAUCUGAAAGAACCUUUUAAUA